AUGCUAGGAAACGGGAUGCUGGCCACAGUGAAUGUCGUAGCCUCCGAGUCGCUGGAGCACAGCUCUCCCACAGCAGCUGAUCAGCAGCAUACGAGAGCGGUCACGGACGGCGAAGUGGGGACGGAUGAGAGCGGAUUGGGUAGACAUGGGAAAGUUGGGACGAGUAUUGAGCUCGUGGUCGACAAUGGUGCUAUUGAAAAGAGCCGCCAAACCGAGUCGGAUCGCUCCAAUCGUUCCACUCCGGAGCACGAUCAUCGGUGUGUGGGAGCUUCCCCGAGGCCGCAGAAGCGUCCACGGUUGUCCACCCCGACCUCACCUUCCGACGACGGCGUCGGCGAACGCGAGACGCGUGGGCGGGCGACGAUCGCCGGGGGAAUCGCGGCAGCGAACGAGAGGGAGCGAGACCCGGUGCUGCCGCCGGGUGCAGGGGACGGAGUAGGGUCGAGCACUGGGAUUGCCAGAGCGCGCCAGACGGAGAGCGGAGAUCAGGACUUUCCUGAACUUGCGGGUGCUUCCGCCGUGGCCGAGCCUUUUGAGGAGAAGGGCGAUGCGCGCGGAGGCAGCGUGAGGGAGACACCGUUCGAGGCCCUUGCUGCGGGAUGCGAGACAGGCGCGGAGACGGGGGAGGAGACGGGGAGAGAGGACGGUGAGAUGGAUUGGGAGGGCGACGGCACGGGAAUGACGCUUGACGAGUUGAUUCUAUUUCAAGGCGAUCUGGACGGUCUGCCUCUUGACGCUGCCGCCGCCGCCGCUGCCGGCGCCGUCGCCGCCAUGGCUGAUGGAGAAGGGCGUUCGGAGCAGGAGGGUUCGCCAGCGACGGAAGCGGCGGCGUGUACCGUUGACGAUGCUCGGAACGUUGGCGUGGAUGGUGAAACUGCGGUGACCGCUGGUGGCAUAGCGACUGGAAGAGAGGGAAGAGAGGGCGGAGAAGGAAGAGAAGGACGAGAGGGAAGAUUGGGCGGCGAUGCAAGAGGUCCAGAGCUGGCUGAUUACCGCGGUUCAGCGAUACGGUAUCGCGAAAGUCAUCAUUGCGAUGUUGGCACUGGCGCGGCAGACCCCAGCGAAAACUGGGAGGAGAGCUCUCGCGGCAUUCCCGACUGGUCCGACGCCGCAGCGACGCACGGCUCCAUGGGUACGACUGAUACUCCCCACGUUCACGCCCACGCCCACGCCCACGCCCAUGCGGACGCUGAUGCGGACGCGGACACUGUCGCUAGCGAUGACGCCCACGGGGACGCCAGCGCCGGCGCUGACACCGCCGCGCGGGAAGCGACGGAAUGUGGCGAGAUCAACAGGGAGGAGAGUGGAGACUCUAAGGCGAACGGACGCGAGGCGAACUUUCACGAGGCUGUGCCAGCAGGCGGAAAGGGAGACGAAUCAGGAGGUGAACAAGGAGGCGAAACAGGAUGCGUGGUAGGGGGCGAAGGAGGAAGCGAACAAGGAGGCGAAACGGGAGGUGAAGACGAAUGUCGCAGCGCUGGGCCACAUCGGCGAGAUGGCGAGGCGGGACAUGCGAGAGGCAGUGGGGGCAGUGGCAGCAGCGGGAGCUGUGGGCGUACCGGUGGUGGCGACGGGAGCAGGUGCGACAGGGAGGAGGAGGGCGACGGAGUUAUUAUCACUGCUUCAGCUGCCUCCGCCUCUGCCUCUGCCUCUGUGCUCCCCUCGUCCGCUUCCCUCCCCACCUCCUCGCCUUCGUCCCCCAUCCGUUCGUCCCACUCCUCCGCGUCCGUCGCCCAAGGCGCCACCACCAAGCUCGCCAAGAGGGCUUCGCCUUCCCCUUCGUGCACGCUCGCAGCAACAGAAUCUGCAGAAGGGAGGUCUGAUAACGCAACACGUGCAAACGCUGCAACAGCGGCGGCGGCGGCGGCGGCGGCAAUGGCAGCGCCGGCAACGUCCGCUCCAGCAGCAUCUGCUGCUCCCUCCGUGGCCUCGUGUCACCCGCCCUUGCGCUUGCUGCAAGCCGCCAGAGCCAGCAGCAGCAAGGGACUCAAAACCAUCAUGCCUGCUCCCUUCUCCUGCCAGCCUUCCUACCCAUCCUCCUACCCCUCCGCCUACCCGCCCUCCUACCCGUCCUCCUACCCCUCCUACCCCUCCUGCCCCUCCUAUUCCUCCUACUCCUCGCCCUUCGCGCCAUCUCUUGCUGCUGCUGCUUCCGGUGGUUUCUUUUGUGCCAGUCAGCCUGUGCCUGUGGGAAUGCCACUCAUGGCAGGGCCAGGGGCUUUGGGCGCAGGCACCAUGGGCGGCAUGGGCGGUAUGGGCGGUGGCAUAUCUCACGCCAUGGGCGUGCCUGUGCAGCAGCAGCAGCAGCAGCAGCAGCAGGGAGGGUGGGGGAUGGUGCCGGCAGCAGCACCGCUGAACCAGCCUCAGGCACCCGCGUUUCACUACCAGCAGCCACAGAUGGCUAUGUUUGAUGGACGGUCGAGCUUUGAUAUGGGCAUGGGCAUGGGCAUGGGCAUGAGCAUGGCAUUUCCUGCUGGAUCAGCAGCAGCAAGGGGCUAUGGGGCAUCCUCCUCGCCAUCCAUGUGGUGCACAACACCCCAGCCGCACACCUCCUUUCCGUCUGGCAGCGCUGACGGCACUGGUCUAUUAGAUAGCCGCGCGGAUGCUUCCUUUGCUGUUGCUGCUGGCGGUGGUGCUGGUGCUGGUGCUGGUGCUGUUGACAUUUCUCUUGUUCACCACACUCCUGUCGCCUCUGUGUCUGCGUCUGCCACCUUGCCUACCGCCGGUGCUGCGGCUGCUGCCAACGCUGCUGCUGCUUUCCUCCUCAGUGCUGCUGCUGCUGAACCUUCGCCUGAUCCUCACACUGCUGCUGCUGCUCCUUCUCCCCAGAAGGAAGCAGAAACCGGAUUACAUGAAGCGACCAUGGAAGGAAAGGGGGGAGCGGAGGAGGGGGAAGAGCAAGGUGAGGAGCAGGCGAAGGAGGAAGAGCAGGGUUCAGGUGCGCAAGGGGACGCAGUGGCAGUGGCGGAUGCAGAAGCAGAAGCCUUGUUCUCGGACUCUUUGCUCCGAGACGACGACCAUGGGCUCUCCUCCUUCGUCCUAAACCUCGCCCUGCCUUCGCACCCUCCUUGCACUCCCACUCCCGCCUUGCCUGCUGCUAUCCGUGGGCUUCCUAGCGCCAGUGGCACAGGGAGGCGAGGAGGAGGAGGAGGGGCAGGAACAAACGGGGGAGUGGGUGAGCAGGGUGCUAUGAGGGGGGAGCAGCAGGCAAUGGAGGUGGGAGCUGGGGACACGAGCUACUUCAUUCAGGGCGCAGGUUGUGGCAGUGCAGGGGGGGCGAAUUUCCUGGACGUGGAUGUGUUUGGAUGGCUUGCAGAGGACUCGCCUUUCGGAGGUUCACCAGUCAAGGCCGUGCCUGCUGUAAGUGUGGCUUCAGCCGCCCUCUUGCCUCUCCCUCCUCCCGUCUUCCCCCCCAGCCUCCCUUUUGUUUCCCCCUCCCUCCCCCCUCUUCCCCCAUCCGCUCCUCUCUCCCUCCCUCUUCCUCCUCCUCUUCCUUUUGCUUUCACUCCUCAUGCUUCGCUUCGGUUGCUUAAGUCCCUCCCUUCUCCCUUGGCGCUGAUGUCUCUUCUCCCUUGGGGCGACCCCACCAAUGUUUCUUUCUUUACUGGGGCAGGCACAGCCGGUGGUGCACAUGGUGCUGCUGCUGCAGCACCAGCAGCACCCCUUCCUGCUGCUGAUUCUUGUGCUGCAGCUGUCUCUGGAAAACCUGCUCCCAAGAAGAAAAAGCCUUCAGCCAGACCUGCUGCUGCUGCUGCUGCUUCUGCAGGCAAUCCAGUAACCAGGACCACAAAAAAUGCAAAAUCCAGCACACCUGCCACAGUCACCAAGAAGGCAACCACGGCUGCUGUUCCCACUGCUCCUCCUGCUCCCACCCCUAAUUCAACUCCCUCUCCUGCUACCGGUGCUGCUGCAGCAGCCAUCAAGACAUCUGGUCCUGGUGGGCAAGGGGCUGUUGCCAUGGCCAACAAGGCAGCAAUUGCUGAGACUGCACCUGCCCCUGGAUCCAACCCCAUGUCUGCAUCCAAGGCGAAGGCAGGUAGCAACACUAUGCCUGUCACCGAAGUACCUUCCGCUGUGCGUGCUGGAGCGGUGGAUGCUGCACGGGCUGCUGUGGCUGCUGUGCCCUCUUCCCUUGGGCCAAAGGCCGUGCUGGCUCGGAUCAGAAGUGGCAAGGUUGCUGCUGCCAUGGCUGCUGUUCAUGCGGCUGCACAGGCUUCUCCCUGUCUCCCGGCAAUGCAAAAGGUAGGUGCGGGCGGUUCACUGGCGGCUGCGAGUGAAGGGCUAUGUAAAAAAGUGGGAACAAAAGCAGCAGCAGCAGCAGCAGCAGCAGCAACUGGGGCUGCAGCUUUGGUGCAGAAGAAGGGAGUGGUGCAGAUAGCAUCUGGUGGAGUGGUCGUGGGACAUGCACGGCAUGGGCUUCAGGCAAACCCAUCUCCCCGCCUCACUGCUGCUCUUUCUUCUCUUCGAAAUGGUUGCAAUAAGUGA